UGCCCGUCGGGCGUUGGAAUUUCUGAACUUUUUCCGAAGUUGCGAUACCGGACCAACUUUGUCUCCUACCCCGAACGUUCCCCACCUUCCCUCCGUCCUCCCUCCACUACAUCGCCUUCGGGAUCGCUGAAGCGACCUGACGAAUUCCCCGGAGCGCCGGGCCCGACGGAACUAAUUUCAGGUAACGAGGCUCUGGAGGGACGGCAGAAUCCGAGAGCUCAGGGGGGCUGGAAACUUUGGAGCUUCUGUGAACAUGGGGGCGUCAGCAAGCCAGCUCUCUAAGGAGCAACUCACUGAGUAUCAGGAGCUGACAUUUUUAACAAAGCAGGACAUUCUGCAUGCUCAUCGGCUAUUCAAACAGCUGCUUUCAUCUGAACAGAUCGACUUACAAAACACACGAGUUCCAAAGAUGACGAUUUGUGAAAUGCCAGAGUUGAAGGCCAAUCCCUUCCGAGAGAGAAUCUGUUUCGUGUUUUCAACUUCGGCUGAAAGGGAUGGCAGCAUGUCCUUUGAGGACUUCCUGGACAUGCUCAGUGUGUUUAGUGAUUCUGCAACACCAGAGUUAAAGUCUCACUAUGCUUUUAAAAUCUUUGAUUUUGAUGGUGAUGGGACAUUGAAUAAGGAAGACCUGAAGAAACUGGUGAACUGUCUGACAGGAGGCACAGCCAACUCCCAGCUGACAGAAACAGACAUGAACCAGCUGAUCAACAAUAUUUUGGAAGAAUCUGACAUUGACAAGGAUGGGACAGUGAACCUCUCAGAAUUUCAGCAUGUCAUUUCCAGAUCACCAGACUUUGUCAGCUCAUUUCGGAUCGUCUUGUAACACGAUGAACACCUACAAAAGAAAAGAAUGUACAAAGCUCUGUGGCCUGUCGGAAAGGUCACGUUUCUCCUUCUCGCUGCUGUUCUUAAUUUUUUUUUGUCAACGUUCCUCACCAGAAUUACAACGAUCAGAGUAAUUGUUUCAAAUAUCUACCCGAUCAGUUAAUAAGUUGUUUUUAAUUUUGUAAUUAUUAAUAACCAACCUGUUAAUAUUUUUACUGUGCAAUAAAGGUAUUUUCUAUCUUCA